CCUCUCCGCACCAAACUGCGAUCAAACGCAACUCAACUUCAAAUCGAUCUCCCACGCAAAUUUCACCGAUCGAGCAGCAGCAGCAGGAGGACGACGGCAGCAACGAUGGAUUUCAGGCUCACCGGCCUCGACUCCCCGCUCUUCGCCACCCUCCACCACCUCAUGGACGUCCCCGACGAGGUCGACAAGUCCUUCAACGCCCCCACCCGCACCUACGUCCGCGACGCCCGGGCCAUGGCAGCCACCCCCGCAGAUGUCAAGGAGUUCCCUGGCUCUUACGCCUUCGUUGUCGACAUGCCGGGCCUCAAUUCCGGGGACAUCAAGGUCCAGGUCGAGGACGACAACGUGCUGGUGAUCAGCGGCGAGAGGAAGCGCGAGGAGGAGAAGGAGGGGGCCAAGUACCUGCGGAUGGAGCGGCGGGUUGGCAAGUUCAUGAGGAAGUUCACGCUGCCAGAGAACGCGAACACGGAGGCGGUCUCCGCGGUGUGCCGCGACGGGGUGCUGACGGUCACGGUGGAGAAGCUGCCCCCACCGGAGCCAAAGAAGCCGAAGACGGUCGAGGUCAAGGUCGCUUGAAAGUGGCCUCGCGGAGCUGAGCUCUAGCGGCUUCGGUGAGCGAGUCUGCAAGUCUUAUGGGGAAUGAAGAAUAAUGAAAGGAUGGCGUAGUUUGCUCAAGUGUGUUUUCUUGUUUUUCGUUUCGGUUUUGGAGAUAUCCAAACUGGCGAGUGGAAUUGAAGUAUUUUCACGUGCUAUGUCUAGUAGGCUAUGUGUUUGAUGUUUGGCUCGUGCUUAUAUGAAUGAACCAGUCGAUGUGUUUGUGUA